UGAACCGCAGCUAAUCUUCUUGCCACACCGAAGCAAUGCUAGAUGACGAAGAGAUCCAUCAGAAAGAAAAAACAAAGAAGAAAUAAUUAAGGAAGGAGUAGAAGCCAUGUAGAGAGACAUUUCAAUUAGUACUCGUACAGGGUCCUUUGGGGAAACAUAAAGGGAAGAGGAUGGACCAGGCACUGCUGCACAAGACUGAGGAGAGGGCGUCUUUACUAACAUGGGGUGCCUUCGUGGAAGAGCUAAAGAAGAUGAGCUCCUUGGCAGCUCCGCUGAUGUUGGUGGCGAUGACACUGUACCUAUUGCAGGUUGUAUCAAUGAUGAUGGCAGGGCACCUUAGUGCACUGUCUCUCUCUGGGGUCUCCAUCGCCACUUCUUUCACCAAUGUCACUGGCUUCAGCCUCGUGAUUGGAUUAUCUGGGGGUCUGGAAACUCUUUGUGGUCAAGCUUAUGGAGCAGAGCAAUAUAAAAAGUUCGGAAGCUACACUUAUAGUGCUAUGAUAUCACUCAUUCCAAUUUGUCUUCCCAUAUCUGUUCUUUGGAUAUUCAUGGACAGGAUACUGAUAGCAAUAGGAAUAGACUCUGAUAUCUCAAUUGUAGCCCGCAAAUAUGCGAUUUGUCUAGUUCCUGCGUUAUUUGCCAAUGCGAUUCUUAUUCCUUUGCUUCGCUACUUCCAGUGUCAAAGCAUGGUUCUCCCAAUGCUUUUAAGCAACUGUGCAACUGUAUGUAUCCAUAUCCCUCUUUGUUGGGCUCUAGUUUAUAAAUGGGAAUUAGGGUACAUUGGAGCAGCAUUAGCCAUUGGUUUGUCUUAUUGGUUAAAUGUGUUCUUUCUUGCACUUUACAUGGCGUUCUCUUCGUCUUGUGAGAAAACCCGGGGUCUUUACUUGGAUGAUAUUUUCUCAAGCAUAAAGGAGUUUCUGCACAUUGCUUUCCCUUCUGCUGCAAUGGUUUGCCUUGAGUGGUGGACGUUUGAGCUACUUUUGUUGCUGGCCGGGCUUCUUCCUGAUUCCAAGCUGGAAACAUCUGUUCUUUCUGUUUGCAUGACAACCGUGUCCUUGCACUACUAUGUACAAUAUGGAAUUUCUGCAGCUGGAAGCACUCGGGUUUCGAAUGAAUUAGGAGCAGGAAAUCCAGAGACAGCUCGAGGGGUUGUCCACGUAUCACUGAUCCUUUCAACUACCGAGGCAGUUAUAGUGAGCACAGCUCUCUUCUUCUGCCGCCACAUUUUUGGAUAUGCUUUUAGCAAUGACAAGGGAGUUGUGGACUAUGUUGCUGAAGUGGCUCCCCUGAUUUGUCUCUCAAUUAUCAUGGAUAGCUUUCAAAUAGUACUUUCUGGGAUUGUUAGAGGAUGCGGGUGGCAACACAUAGGUGCCUUUGUCAACCUGGGGGCAUAUGAUUUAGUUGCAGCUCCAAUAGCUGUUCUACUGUGUUUUGUUGCGCAUCUCAGAGCGAAAGGCCUUUGGAUUGGAAUGUUAACUGGGACUACUGUGCAGGCAACAUCAUAUGCUGUCAUAACUGCAUUGAUCAAUUGGCAAAAGCAGGCAUCAGAGGCAAGGAAGAGGAUCUUUGAGGGGACAUGUUCGACUAAUGACGAAUUGCCUUGAUCAAAAUAAAAACCUGACAGAACCAAUGUGCUUGAUGAUGAGUUUGAGAAAUCAGUGCUAUUCUUGUAAUCAUCUUUUUUUUCCGAUUCAUUAUCUACUUGUCUUUCCAUACCAGAACUGGAGAUAAUUCAACUCCAUUGAAGCACAAAAUAACGUUCUUGCCACAUAUAGAAGGCUUACAUAGCAUAUCGAAUUCGACUACUUGGCAACAAGUUUGACCUGGUAAGUAACUACAUAUGUUGCUAGAAACUUUCUGCUGUCGAUAUUUAUUUUCCCGGGAGCGAGAAGGGUUUGUAGCUUAAAGGUUCGUACUCUGCUUCUAACAGAGCAGGAAAUUCCAGUGUCACCAUGUCGGAAUCGUUGCGGAUAUAACAAAUUUGUUUUCAUAAUUUUUUUUUUCUGGGUUGAGCUUAGUAACAUUGGUUAAAGAACGUCUUUGAAGCAUUCCAUUUUCACUCAUCACAUCUCAAGGCGGUGAGGGUAUCCUAAGUUCAGCUUUGAUUAACUCUAUUGAAGUACAUAUUGUCGAAUUUGUAGAAGAAAAUAAGGUUUUGGUUUAGAUUUAUUUUUCUAUUACCUUUUUGUUUAAAACAUGGUUAUAAGCAUAAAAUUUAGUGACUAAGAACAUGAGAAUUGAACAAAUUGUAUUAUAUUUCAAAGUCUACAGAGAAAAAUACAAAUGGUUUAUUGAUCAUAGAAGCACAUCAAUCAUAAAAGUACAUUGUGAUAAAAGAAGAUAAUAUUACUAACAAGUACACCCUUGAAAAACCAUUCUAUAUGUGUGUGUAUACACACACCUCUCUUUCUUGAUCCAUGAAUAGCAGAUGGAUGGCUUCCUGUUCUUUUCCCUUGUGGCAAACAACCUCUUGCACAUCCAAAUCCAAUACUUCACACAUCUAUCUUGCACAUAAGCAAGAUAAGAGGACGGAAGGUUACCAGGUUAUAUAAUAUACGUAUGCAGGCUGAAGUGUAUAGAAUUUUAGUACUUGCUAGUAAGGAGGAGGUGGUGGCCUGUAGGGAUCAAAGAAUGGUGGUGGGGGAGGACCAGGGGGUCCAGGAGGUCCAGGAGGUGGGGGUGGAUGGUGGUGAUGAUGGGGUGGUUGAUGACCAAAGGGUCUUGGCGGAGGCGGUGGUGGUGCAAAAGGAUCUGGUGGUGGAGAGUAAAAGGGCCGAGGUGGAGGAGAUGGUUCAAAACGCUGACGUGGUGGGCUGUCAAAGGGUCGAUGUGGAGGAGGAGGAGGCGGUGCAAAA